GUCACUAAUUUGGAUCAUACUAAACCGCAGCGCUGAUAAAUUACCUCCUUGUUCCAACACAUCAUCUUAAGAAUGCACUCCAUCAGAGAUAUGAAGCCCAACUUUAGUUCUCCACCGCAAUCCUCUGUUCCUGGUGGCCCUGACGCCUAUCACCAAGGCAACAUCCGAAUGACUUUGGAGAGCCCUGAGCUCUGGAAGUCCUUUCAUGAAAUAGGGACAGAGAUGAUUAUCACUAAACCUGGCAGGAGAAUGUUUCCACACUGUAAAAUUAACAUUUCUGGACUAAUUCCAUGUUCAAAGUACAUCUUGUUGGUUGACAUGGUACCUGUGGAUGGUUUCAGGUAUAAGUGGAAUAAAGAGAAAUGGGAAGUGGCUGGGAAGGCUGAGCCGCAGCCCCCAUGCCGAACAUACCUGCAUCCAGACUCUCCGGCCCCUGGGAGCCACUGGAUGAAACAGUCGGUGUCCUUCCUCAAACUCAAGCUCACUAACAACACUCUGGACCAACAUGGCCAUAUAAUUUUGCAUUCAAUGCACCGUUACCACCCACGCUUCCACAUUGUCCAGGCAGAUGACCUGUACAGUGUACGCUGGAGUGUCUUCCAGACCUUUACUUUCCCAGAGACCUCCUUUACCUCUGUCACUGCUUACCAGAACACUAAGAUAACCAAGCUGAAAAUUGAUCACAACCCAUUUGCAAAAGGCUUCAGAGAUGUAGAAACUAAUACAAAAAGGCGUGCUAACAGAAACCCAGCAUGCCCAGAGAAGAAAGCAAAGAAACCGGAUUAUUUAAGCAGAGAGUCUGAUGAGGACAGCCCUCCAGGAUUCCGCAGGUCAUCAUAUGAGGGAUAUGAAGGAGAGCAGGCAGAGCUCCCUAAAAGAAAAGAGGAGGAUGUGGUGAAAGAGGAGCGCUUCUCCCCCUGGGGGUCUGAAAGGGAGCAUGGCCACCACAUCCAGACAGACUCAUCCCCUGGGCCCGAACCCAGGGACAUGUACAACGCAGAGCAGUUAGUACCUGCACCAGCUUCAUAUCAGCCUUUCAGGUUCCAUGAAUAUGGGAAGUCUCCAUCUCCAUCCUCCAGCAUUGGCAGCAGCAAUGGGGGAUCUGGCCAGGCCAUCUUUGAGUCCAGAGUCCCUGAUGUAGCUACAGUCCCAGAGCAUGAGGCCACUAAGCCCUCUGCUCAUGACAUUGGACAAUCUCCCUGUGGCCCCCAACCCCCUGCAGGGCUCCAUCAGGACUACACGGGGGUGAUCAACAUGGCCAUGGCCCAAGCAAGCAAGCCAGGUGUCCUCAGCCACCACAUCUACACUCCAUACAGCACAGAGCAGACGUUGGGCCAGUGGAGCACCCCCGGCCCUGCCCAGUAUCCUCCCCCUCACCACCUGCCAAAUGACUACAGUACUCCGGCUGUGCACCAUGGAUAUCAUCAUGGCAACGUGGAGUGGAGCCAGUACCCACUCUUCUCCUACUCAUGCUGGUGA